AUGGGUAAAUGUCACAAAUUGAGGAUAACCGUCAGAGGAAUGGAGCGAUAUAUUGGACUUCUCGGAAUAACACGAAUGGAUAGAAAAACAAAUAAAUGGAUCGGAGCUAAGACUGACCUUCCAGAUAUUGUGGAAAAAGUGCAGAUCAGGAAGCACAUGGACCAGGCAGUUGGAUUGGUAUCCAAGAGAUCACGUGAGGAGGAGAGGACGUCCGCUGACGGACUGGGACAAGGAGAUGAAGAAGACCUGCGGGGAAGCAGCCUGGAAGAGUACUCUCUUCCAUUGGAGAGGAAAGAGUAG